AUAAGAUUGUCCUAAAGAAGGAAACGCAGCUUCUCGGCAGAGCUCCUUUGCACGCACGCCAGAGAAAGUCGAACUUGGAACUAGGCAACUAGGGUUUUGGAGGAGGACUUUUUCUGGUUGGCAUCAUAGAACAGUGAGUAAUGAGUAGUCUGCAUCCACUGCUAUUGAUUUCUUUUGAAUAUCAAUUAUCUCAAAUGGAACCAAUUUCUCUGUAUCUUUACAGACAAUUAACUUUCCUAGUGGUCAAGAGAAUUUUCUCUAGAGAUUAGUAAGAAUGAUUUUAUGGUUCUAGACAAGGUAGUGAAAUGAGAUUAAGUUGAUGCUGAUUAUUCUGAUUCUUGGUGAUUGCUGAUGUUGUUAAUUAGGUGUGAGUGAUGAACAAUUUGAUGGUAGUCUCUUUACCAUUCAAUCAAUUGCUCAGCCUCUGUUUUAUUAAAUUCUUCAAUGGGAUGGUCUGCUUAUUUUGGAGAUAUUUCCAUUUGGAAGUUCUGUUGACUGUUCUGAUCCUGGAUAUUUGUUCCUUAAUUACAUCUCUGUUCAAUGUAUGGAACUUAUGUUAUUGGUUAAGUAUUAAGUAAAUGGAAGUCUCAAUCUGAUUUGGUUUUAACAGUUGCAUAUGAAUAUUUCUUCACCUAUAUCUUAUGGACGCAAGGUUCUCUUUCUUGAUUUAAGCUGUUCAUUACCUUUCAAUAUAAAAAUUGGCUCAAAUAGGUGCAUGAAGCUCCUGAAUUAUGGGAACAUGUAUUACUAUCAUUUCAAAUUGGUGUUACGUAUUUUUCUACUUGACAUUAUCUUAAUUUUCCCUGUGGUCAUAUUUGAAAUUUGCUGCCUUUGUUCACUGAGGCAGGUAUAGUAUGGACAUAUUGCUUUUCUAAUUUUUCAAAAUUGUUUAUGCUUUUUGUCAUGUUUUGGUAUUAAUCUGAUUUUAUUUAGGUCCUUUGUGUGUUAUUUGGUGGAGUUGGGCAUAAAUUGUUUGAAACUUGAAAGAUCCUUAUUACUUUUCCAAAUUUUCAAGCAUUUUUUAAUCUUUCUUUUCUUUAAAUUUAUUUUCCAUUUUCUUCUUUUUUGUUGAAUUCCAUAUUAAUAUGCCAAAUUCAGUUUUGUUUAAUCUAUUUGUCAAAAAAAAAGAAAAAAUCCACUGCCCUCCGAAAAACCUACCAUUAAUGCCUUCAUUCUUGCAACAACUGCCACUUCCUAUCUGCAAUCCCAAGAAAUUUCAAGCAAAGAGAAUCAAAAUUUAGCUUGUUGGUGUCACUGUGAUCCUUCUGCAGCUAGGCUUUAUUUUUUUCCAAAGGUUGAUGGAGGAGCAAUUGCCAUCAUCUGUACAUACCAUAGUUUUCAAAGAGUCUGAACCCCUUGAAGGGAAAUGCAUCAAGAUUGAAGGAUAUGAUUUUAAUGAAGGAGUUAACUACUCUCAGCUUCUGAAAUCCAUGGUCUCCACUGGGUUUCAAGCAUCCAACCUUGGUGAUGCCAUUGCAGUUGUUAACCAGAUGCUAGACUGGAGGCUUGCUGAUGAGGAUAUAACAGAAGAUUGCAAUGAGGAGGAAAGGGACCCUGCUUAUAGAGAGUCUGUGAAAUGCAAGGUUUUCUUGGGUUUUACCUCAAAUCUUGUAUCUUCUGGUGUUAGAGAUACAAUUCGCUAUCUUGUUCAGCAUCAUAUGGUUGACGUAGUGGUUACAACUGCUGGUGGCAUAGAAGAAGAUCUUAUAAAAUGCCUUGCCCCCACAUACAAAGGUGACUUUUAUCUACCUGGAGCUCAAUUGCGUUCAAAAGGAUUGAACCGCAUUGGUAACUUGUUGGUUCCAAAUGACAACUAUUGCAAAUUUGAGGACUGGAUCAUUCCAAUUUUUGACCAGAUGUUGAAGGAACAAUUUGAAGAGAACAACAUUCCAGUAUUUUGUCCCGGUUUAACAGAUGGUUCUUUGGGGGACAUGUUAUACUUUCACUCCUUUCGCAGCCCAGGCCUAAUUGUUGACAUUGUACAAGACAUUAGAGCCAUGAAUGGUGAAGCUGUCCAUGCAAGUCCUAGAAAGACUGGAAUCAUCGUACUUGGAGGGGGGCUUCCUAAGCAUCAUAUAUGCAAUGCCAAUAUGAUGCGUAAUGGUGCAGAUUAUGCUGUUUUUAUCAAUACUGCACAAGAAUUCGAUGGGAGUGAUUCUGGUGCUCGUCCUGAUGAGGCUGUAUCAUGGGGAAAAAUUCGAGGAUCUGCUAAAACUGUCAAAGUACAUUGUGAUGCAACCAUUGCUUUUCCCCUACUGGUUGCUGAAACUUUUGCCUCAAAGAGAAACAGAUCCGUCAAGAUCAAGGUAAACAAUUAUUAACCAUCCUUCUGGUGGUGAGUUAAGUGAGAUCAAUUACUAAUUUGAAUCAUUUCGGGGGAACCACUUAUAGUUUAGAAUUAGACACCUCUAUUGGAAGAGAGGAUUUUUGGAUGUCAACGAUGGUUGGUGCUUGGUAAGUUAGACAUUUUAGAUUACUUUGAGGGACAUUUCCCCCCUUCUAUUGAUGAAGUUUAAAGCGAAGCUGGGUUUGCUUCAUAACGCUGUUCAAAUACUUACCCUUGGUGGCCAAGGAGAGCAGGGACAUGACAUUUAUUGUAAUAAUUGUAAGAACUUUAAUUUAUUUAGGAAAUCUGUGAAACAUUUAUUCAUCAUACAAUCAAAAGAGUAGUUAUUUUUUUGACCCUAAA